UAAAAUAGGAAAAGGAUACAUUGACUUUGUGAUUUUCAGUUUUUUUAUUGUUUGAAAACGGAUAUGGAUGAGAGAAAAAGCUAACUGUAACUUUAUUAUUUUUUCGCAGGAACCGGAAGUGGAAAUGGGAAAUCAAAACUGAUAUGGCGGUCAGAAAAUGGGAAUUUAAUUUUAAAAUACAGUGCAAUCUAGUCAUAUUGUGUGAUAUGCUUAAAUGUCUUUCACAAUAUCAUAUGAAAACUGUGAAUAUCGGGGUGAGGGGAAUGCUGGCCUUGUUAUCCGUUUAAAAAAGGAGGAAAAGGUAUUACGAUUAACAAAACAAGACAAUGCUUGCAAGAUUACUAGAAGCAAGGAAGUUCAAUUUAAAGAACUGGAAAGUAAGGUUGAAGUAAUUCAAAAUGUCAUGAAGUUUUUAUUAGGUCAAGAUUUAAUGCAAUGUCCUAUAAUUGUAUUCUUGUCAAAAGAAGACAUUUGGGUGAUUAAUUGUGUUGCCAAUAAGUUCCGGCCAGAUUUUCGGAGACAUAAGAGUGUGAAAGAAGAAGAUUCAUAUGUUCUUAUGUUACCAGAUUAUUGUUCCUUGCCUCCUCAUCUUAAGAAUUAUCCUUCUUUUGGUCCUGUGAUUAGUGUUGAAAUAAAGCCCAAGCAAGGUUUUAUGUUGCAAGAUGAGUUUUCAUUACCUGGUCAAUCUUUUGUUCCUAUGCGUAUGUGUCGUUUUUGCAUGAUGCAACAGUACAAAGUUAAACAGGGUGUAAUUUCAGAGAAAAGUGGUUAUUGCCCAACUGAUUUAUACAGCGGGUGUCCUAUUAGAAUGCGCCACAGUCUGAAGAUGUUACUCAAAACCCCACAAAAUAAUUUUAGGAUUUUUAAAGACCAAAAACUUAUUUAUUCCGAGGAGAAAAAGUCAAACUUAAGUGAUGUGCUUUCAGAUUUUUUUGAUGUAAAUGAUAAGUUAAGUUAUUCAGAUUUGUUGUGUACUCUUAUUAUCCAAGUGUUAAUUCGACCUCUUGAAGCUGUCAGUUUACCAAUCUCUUCUGCAAAGAAAGUUAGUCAAAUGUGUAUAAAUGCUUAUUCUGGUUGCUCCAAAUUUGAUCCUUGCCACUUCUUGCCUGUAGGAUGUGUGCUAGAUAAAAUACUCCGUGUUCAGACUCUUGCUUCUUUCUGCAUUUCAGAUGUGUAUUCAUUAUAUUUGAAAAUUAAAAGCUGUAGUACUCAUCAGAGAUUUAACAGUAUUGGCUGCUAUGCAAGAUCUGAAUUCCCUCCCUAUCUUGGUGAGCCAGAUAAACAUCCAGAUGAAACUGACUACCAGUAUGCUUCCAGAAAAGUAUGGGAAUUUCUAGUUGCAUUAACUGUGAAGGAUUGUUCUAUCAUGUUAGUUUUGAGCGUCUUCUUAAAAGUUUUAUCCCAAAACAUUGUGAGAAUGUUAUCUCGGAUGGAAAUGGGAAUUUUUACCUUUUUUCCAUUGCUAUUGUGGAUUUAGAUGCAAAACCAUUAAAUAAAGUAGAAAAGGUUUACACAGAAGCUCCAUUCAUUUUAGAAUCAUGCAUUGAUUAAAUGCAAGAAAAUCUAGGUAUGUGAAAACUGUGUGUCUGUUUAUGUAUGCAGGAAUAAUUAAAAAUUAUUUACUUACUUCUUUACAUAUGUUGACUAAUUUCAGUUCUGUUAAACUUUAAUUUUUUUUUAAAUAGAGUUUUUUUUUAAAUUUGAAAUAUUUCUGUCAGUCAAGGAUUAAAAAAAAAAUAGAAAGAAAAAUAUAAUACAAUGCCACAAAUCUUGAAUCCAAAAAUGUAAUAUUAUGCAGACGUAUAUCCAUCUUACCUCUGAAUUGUGAAUAUAUGAAUGCAUAUGAAAAUGCAUAAAGCUUAAUGGAAUUUGAUGUGAAAUUGUGGUCAUAUUUUGUCAUUGAAAAAGUCAAUAAAGUAAAAAUAAACUCAGGGUAAAGAAGCAUUAAAAGAAAAGGGGGGGAAGUUAAAUGCAUGACUGGGAAUGUGCACCCAUAAAGUAAGCAGACAGUUUCUUAUAAAUAAGAUUACUAACUUUCAAAUAAAUUUAACUCCUUGGAAAUAAUUGCCAGAGAUACCUAUACAAGUUUUCCCAACUUUCUUCAGGUCAUCAAAAUGCUGUUUAGUGGCAUUAGAACUAACCAUUCACAAAAUAUGCAUAACAUUUGAUUUAAUAUCUCAGACAUUUUCAAAUCUAUGUCUAUUCAUGGCCAUCUUAUGCUAUGGAAAAAGAAAAUAGUCAGCCGGCGAUAAGUCGGGAGAACAUGGUGGGUGGUUUAUCACUGCAAUUGAAUACUUAACCAAAUAUUGUUGUAUAGGCAAUGCUGUAUGGGGAUUAGAAUUUUAGUGUAAAAGAAACCAUAGCCUAAAAUCAAGAAGUUAAUUCCUAACUCACCUUGUCCUGUUUAAAUGAAAAAGCACCUCAUUGUAAAACUACUGAUUAACUGAUUGAUUUUCAGGGACAAAUUGAAGGUGAAUAAGUCUUUUGUAAUAAAAAGUUGCAAUCAGCUUUAGUUUUUGAUCUUGACAUCAGUGCUUUUUUUUAUAGGGAAGGAGGCAGUCCUUUUCAUUAUUCACUUUCUCCUUUUGUUUCUGGUUCAUAUUGUAGACACUAUGUCUCAUCUCUUGCUAUGAUAUAUUUUAAGGAAUUGUUGUCCUGUUUCACAGUUGUUGGCAAAUCUUCACAGCAAACUUUUUGCCUUAUUUUUCUGGUUCUUUUAAAAUCCAAGGCAUAAAUCCUGCACAAGCUUUCUUCAUUUCCAGACUUUCAAUUAAAAGUAACUUACAACUUUGUUUAAUAAAAGCACAUCUGAAAGUUGCUGAGUUAUUACAUAUCUAUCAGCUUUUGCAAAAGAACAAAUUUUCUCCACAUUUUCUUCAUUUUUUUUUUUAAGUUGAAGGGCACCCUACCUUUGGUUCAUCUUUGACACUUUCACACCCACAUUUAAAGCAGUUGCAACAAUCAUACACUUGAUAAUGAUGCAUCACCAUAUGUUGCCUGAAUCAUCUGUAGCUUUUUGGUAGCAGAUUUACGCAAAUUGUAACAAAAUGUAAUGCUGUAACAGUGUUCCAUCCGGAAGCAAAUGUUUUUAUACAACUUCUCAGAAAUUGAAAAUGACUCUAGAGUUUUAGCAUGCAGACUAAAAUAACUAGUGUAAACUGGCUCUAACAAGAAAUAUCACUCUUUCUAAACAUAUAUUUAUUCUUUCAUUUUUUAUUUUAUCAUUUGGUUUUUUAAUUUGUCUGCAUACUUUAUGGGGCACCUUUGUAAUUUACAUUUUGGAUUGUUUGUAAUUCUGAAAUGCUAUUCUAUACACAUUUGUUUUGUAUUAUUAAUAUAUGGUAAAUGUACACAUAAUUAUGCACUGCUAAAAAUUAAUGGUCUCCUUGUUUUUUGCUAUAUUAUGCUCAAUAAUGCUUAAAAUCUAAUUAAAAUCUGAAUAUAAAUUUAAUACUUCAAGAAGCAGAAGAUUUCUUAUGUAAAAGAGCAUGAGUGAUGUCAAAAUACAUAACUGGCAGAAUUGCAAAAAUAAAACCAUGACUUGGGAAUCCCACAUUAUGCUGUUUGUAUCAUGAGGUAUUAGGCCUAGUGGUGUAAUUUUCUACAGAAAAAGUUUGAGUAAUAACUCAGUGUCAUGAAUUUCAGGAAUCAAUGGCUUGUUGAAAAAUUGGUAACCUGGAAACAGGUGGACAAAGACAAGAACUGUAAGUCAAAGUCAUCAACAUGAUGUAAACAAGCUUAUAGUUAUUUUUGUCUAUAACAGCCAUUGAAGAACAAAAAAUGCUACUUACCUGCCAAAGGAGCUUUUCUUGGCUAGAAAACAAUGCAUCGACCCAAACUAUCCAAAGUAAUCUUCAUCGGUAUUUUUUAUAUUAGAUAUUGGCCUGUAAUAUGUCUUUAACCUCUAAUUUUAUCAAGGAAAUUAACUGUAGGAUAUGGAUAUUUAACUAUAAGGCACCAUAAGAUGGGGAAUAACUGGGCAAAUGCCACUGCAGUGGGGUAGUACAGAGUGAUGUUGAAUUCUCUUACAAAUGUGUCAAAAUUCUGUUUAAAGAAAUUCUUCAUAUAGAAAUUGAAUAUUUAAAUAUAAAUAUACUUUUCAUGUAAAGAUAGAAAUUCAUUCAUUAUAUGAAAAGAAUGUGAUACAAGAUAAUCUCAAUUUUAUGCACUUAAUAUGCUUGCCCAUAAAAUCUAGGCAUAGUAUUGAUGGAUUUGUCAGGAAUAACUAUCAGAUGGGAUACCAGAUGGGAAGAAGGUACAAGUACUUUAGAACUUUGAUCUGGUUGAAGCCACAGGUAAUACUUACCUUUUUAAAUGGAUUAUGAUGUUCGAUAUCACAGUGCUCAUCUUGUGGGAGAUUGCCUUUUGAAGCAAGAAAUCAAGCAUAUGAAGUGUCUGACAUCCUCACCCAACUUGAAUCCAAUAAAACACGCAAAGAAUACUUUAGAGAGAUUCUAUUGCUGCUUGUACAGAUGCUCAGAUUGGGUAUACAACACAACCUAGAAAUACUGACAACCUGAACAACCUGAAAUCCUCAUAAAAGGAAAUAGUUUAAGCUUUUUAUUUUUAUGUACUAAAAUAUUUGAAGACUCAACAAGGGGUUUAGACAAUAUUUUAGGCUCUUAAAUUGAAUAAAAUAAUUUUAAAAGCCAAAUUUUCCCAAGGCAUAUAUUUGUAGGGCUACAUAAACAUAUAUCGCAUUUUUUUCUCAAAAUGUGAACUGUAAAAUAAAUAUUUCUUCAAAAAAGUGACUGGUCUUUUAAUUUUUUUAGCAUUGUAUAAGAAUGUGCAUAAAUAUAAAUAUUUUUUUUUAAAAUUUUGUUAUAAAAUGUAAAAAGGCUAAACCAAAUUUUAAAAUUUUACAAUUUAUUUUAUUUUUUAUCUCUAUGAGAUAAAAAAUUAUUAAGUUAAAAAAUAGUAUAUUGUUCUAGCAUCCUAAUAUAUGUCUGCAUUUGUUUAUUUUAUUAUUAGCACCAGAAACGCACAUUAUUUUUUGAUGUACUGUUAACUUGUCUGGAAUAACUUUUAAAUUUUUUCACUGAGAAAAGUGAAACAUUGUGUAUUUCCAUCCUAUGCAUUUUUUUUCUUCUUCAUCAAAAUACCAAUAAAAUAUAAUGAUUAGAUAAUGAAUACAUUGAAGUAUGCAAAUUCGUGGAAUCCCCUUAGAUAUUUUAUUUAAAUGCAUAAAUAAUUUUUGUUUAAUUUCUUAACCAUAACAUAUUUAUUUACAUUACUUUUACACCAUACAUGACAGAUAUGCAUUUGUAAACUUAUUUAAGAUAGUAAUGUAUGAUGUUGAGCAUACUAGUGGAUUUGCUUUUAUAUGGAGCCAUAGCUAUGUAGAAUUGCUGUUAGGUAGAAAUUAAUCAUCAAGCGUUUUUUGAAAUAUGUGGAUCAUAUAAAUGAAAGUUUUAGGUAGUAUGUUUUCUGUUGUAUACUGCUCAUAAAUAUUAUGAUGUCUGCUUGUAAUAUUUACAGUAUCUAUUUUAUUUUAUGAUUAAGAAUGCAUCAUUGAAAAUUAGAAUUAUAUAUAUCCCGAAAGUUUCAAAAUGUGUCUUGCAGAAUAAAUUAAGCACUGAUGUAAUAAAAUGAAAAUCAUUUCAUAUAUAUAAAAACUGUAUUUUGUAAAGUGAUUAUUUAAAUCCAUCACUAGUUUACAGAAUUUUCCAAAUAUAAGCUGAUGCAUAUGUAAAUUGAGAAGUGAGGUUUUACUGCAAAAAUUUAGCCAAAAUUGAAAACUUGUGUAUUGGCUUUUAUAAAUCCUGCAAUUAUUGUUAAAUGUUUGAAUAAUGGAAAUGUAAAUGAAUAAUGAGAUAAAGAUGAGUGCGAAAUGCUCACAUAUUUAAAAAAAAAAAAGAAAGAAAGAAAGAUUGUUAAAAGAAUGUUUCAUUAGUAGUGCUAUUGAUAAAAAAUUAUGUUAACAGUGAAACAGAAAAAAAUGCCGUUCAUUUUGAUUUGAUUGUUACAGAGAUACAUAUGCGGAUUUUUAGAAAAUUCUGAGCUAGACACUGAUUCUGAGAAAUUUGAUUAAUGUAUAUUAGUGUUAAAUAAAAUAAAAAUAUUUCUUCAAUCAUUAAUAUUAUACAUGGAAAUAUAUGGUAGCUCUCACAUGUUUAGCCCAGAAGCAUAAUCCUAAUUUCUUUAAAAUAAAAUAUAAACACAUCAUAAUAUAAUGUGCAUAAUUAGUAUGUUCUUGAUAUUAUUUAACUUGAUUUUUUGUAAAUUCUUUUUUGGAUCAAAUUUAAAUAUCUGUCCGAGUCCAAAAUUAGUGCAAAUUUUCACUUUACAGUGGACUUUGUUUUCCCUCCAAAAUCAGUGCCAAUAGAAAGUUGAAUUUUGAGUAAUUUUAAAAUUGGUAUGUUUCUAGCUAGAGCUAAUUUAUUAUUUUUGUUGGAAUAUCAGAUUUAUUCAAUAACUGUGAAUAUUUUUUAACCCUCUCCGCAAAUUAUAUGUUGACUUUUUUGUUUGUUUGCUCAGAGGGUUCUGGGAAUAAUUUAAGAGUUUUUAAAAAUAGUUAAUAUUUCACACGUUGAAGAUGUUAGACUAAAGAAUGAGCUUUUGACAGAUUUCAAUGCUAGCCUGUAAUGUUUUGACACUCUUGAACAUCAUAUAUAGCAGACAUUUUUUCCCUUGUUACUGAAAGUACAUUCAUAUGUAUCACAAAAUAUACUGUAUUCUGUAUUUGAUUUUAAAGAGCACAAAACAAAUCCAAGAAUACUGCAAUGAAAUAUAUUUUCUGAGCACAUUAUAAUACACAUUAUAAUGCACAUUAGUUGUUUUGUUUUAAUUGUAUUUACUUUGUUCUCAAAUAUAGUGAAAAAAAUUUUUUUCUUAAAUGUUGAACUCAUUAAUUCUGGAAAUAUAUUUUAUUUCAAUAUGCUUGUGAAAAUAUGUCUAUAGAAAUAUAUCUGUGUAAUAUAUAUGCAAAUGUUUAUGCUUAUAAAUGUGUAUGAUUAAUUAUGUAUAUAUUCUACAAUUUUGUGCCAAAAGCCUAUAUGAUAAAAUAAUUCAAAAUAUAAAUAAAUAAAAUAGAAAAAAAAUAAUAAAUAAAAGAAACUCAAGUUCAUAAAUGCCCAUGAAAAAACUUUUCCAACAGAGAAGCAUUCUAAUAAAGAAAAGCCCAGUGAAAAAAUUUUCAUGUAGUAAAAUGCGGAUAUUCAAAGAAGGAGGAGAUAAAAUAUAAAUACAUUGAAAAACAAAAUUUCCCUCCUUUUUUUUUACAUUUAGAGCAUUACCAUAUAAUUAGUUAUAUGUGUUGUUUCUGUGGAGAAAGCUUCUUCUCUGUGGGGCUUACCAGUGGCCUAGUGGUAAAGUUUCUGAACACUGAUAGUUCAAUCUGGAUUUGAAUCUCAGCGUAUGGGCUGGCUUCAUGGACAUUUUCACGGUUUUUCCCCAUGGGUAAUGUGGAUAUGAGCCAGUUUCCAUUAAAAAGUCCUCCAUGAAGGCAUCCAUGUACAUAGGCAGAUAGCCCUAGGAUGCUUUGCCAAACCCUUUUUAUGCAUGUAGCAAUGCCUGAUAAAAGUAGUACUUUUAGAAAUGUAUUUUCAUUAAUUACCUGAAAUAAAUUGUGUUUCAUGAAAUCAUACAGUAAAAUAAUUUUAAUGUCAAUAGUUUCUUCUUUCUUACCCUUGUUUUUUCUUUUGUGAUGACUUUUGGCCCAUACUCAUAACUAACAUUUAUCACAAUUUCCCGUGCUUGAUUUUCUUCAACACUUUUGAAAAAAAAAUUGCUUAAUAAUGACAUCAUAAUAUGUAGUAUAUCUUGAAACUGAAAUAACUCCUCAUAAAUUACUUGCGUGGGUCUAAUUAGAACCUUUUUUAAUGAAGCAUUAUAUUAGUUCCAGUAAAGUGUAGUUUUGGUAUUGUAAUAAUACCAAAACUACACUUUACUGGAACUAAUAUGUAAAAUGUUGAACAUGUUUAGAAUAAUAAUUAUAAUAAACAUAAUAUUAAUAUUGGGUUGAAUUGAGUUUCGAUGUUUGAAAGGAGAAUCUGACUUAUAUAUCAAACACAUCUUUCCUCUUAGUCUUUUUCACUUAGUGAUAGCAGAAAAGUGUAUUUAUUGUGUGUGCAAAUGAUGUAGUUGCUCCAUUUUCUGAUUAAAUGUAACCAAUUAGCCAGAAAAUGGAGCAGCUACAAGCUAUAACAAGAUUUCUGUGUUAAGCUUUCAAAUCUUUUCCUGCUUUUUUCAAUUUAUAAAAAUACUUCUGAAAAUUUUCUAGUGGAUUUUUAAUAUUAUAUAGUUUAGACUAAUUAUGUAUAUAUUUAAAAUUUACUUUAAUUUUAGCUCUGUUAAUAAAGAUUAAUUUAAGAAAUGCAUACAUAUGUUGGAUGCAAAUUAGGAAACUGUUGGAAAUAGUUGUUUGGCAUAGUAAAUGCAUAACAAAGAAGUGACUUGCAAAUGUGGGCAAAUUCAAUUAUUUACUUUUUAUAUAUGGUUGACACAUGCUUCAUUAAUCCAUCACAAAAUGGGUGCUUUUAGAAGCUUAGCACAUCUUGUAAUGUAUGAUAAACAAAAGCAAGUGGGUGACAUGCUACUUUGAUGCAAGUGAGAAAGUGAUGCAUUCUGAAGAAAAUGUAGGAGAAAUUAAAAAAAGGGGGGAGUUUCAGUUGAAAUCUUACUCAGUGAUUGGAUAAAAGCAAUCUGCAUUGAGCGUAAAAUAAGAUUGUAUGAUACGAAUUAAUUUUGAAAUGAUGCAGUUUAGAUGGAUAUAUUAUAAAUAGUUACUAAUCUUAGGACAGAAAGGGAAAAUAUCCAAAUUAAUAUGAAGAAUAAAAGAGGCUAUUGCCAAUUAAAAUUAGAAGUUUGCUUAACAUAUUUUUAUCUUAUCUAUAUAUAAUUUAUAUAUUUUUCUUACAUAUAUAAUAAUAAUAAAAGAAAAAGUUUUAAUCCAAUAUCCAACUAUGCAUUGUAUGCUGCAAAAACUGAUGGCAGUAUUAAUAAAUUAAAUGGAUAAUUUAAACCCAAUAUAUAUUCAGCAGGGAAUAAUGAACUAGCAAUAAGUAACCCAUUUUGCAAAAGCAAUAAACCACUGUAAAUACGUAAUGAACGUAAUUUUAAAAAAGAUGUUCUAGCUUUGAAAUUUAAUGAGUGGGGAAAAAAUAAAAUGCUGUGCAAAAACAAUAAUAUAAAAUCAAAAGAGAAUUUUUUUCCUCUAGUCUUUAGGUAGCUGGUGUAUCAAGGGAAUGGAGUACUUAUUUAAUUUAUUGAAGUUUUAAAUUUAGUAAACUUGUGUCAUCUUCAUUUCAGAAAUAAGUUGCUACAUUUAUUUCUCUCAAUAAACCAACCUCUGAUGACAGUGUGUCAGGAGAUGUAAAUUCUUACUUUAUUUUAUCAUUUUCGCACUCAUUGAAUUUCAAAGCUGGGCACCUUUUCUUAAUUAUUUACAGCAGUUUAUUUCUUUUUCAAAAUAGUUUAUUUAUUGCCAGCUCCUUAUUACAGUGAAUAUGUAUUGGGUUUGAAUUUUUGAUUUAUUUUAUAAAUGAAUGAAUAAAUAUAUAUAUAUAUAUAUAGAGAGAGAGAGAGAGAAAGAAAAUAUUUUUGUCAUAUACUUCUUGAGGAGGAACACUGAAUGUGAGAGAUUUAUAGAUCUUGUGAUAAAUUUUUACUUAAUUUUUUUUAUUCAUACAACAUGAUAAAUUUGAUUAAUGCAUAGAAGUAAUCUUUUAUCUUCUGUCACAAAAUAUUCUUUGAUUUCAAAACAAUUUUUUUUCCUCUUGUCAUUUUUAUUUAGUUUCACAUAACACUGUAGAGACAGGCUAUAUGUUUGUCUGUAAUUGUGUGCACUAUCUGUAAACAUUUUAAUGUGUGGUGCCUUUUUUUAUCUUUGAGUUAGCAUGUUCAAAAAUGUGACUUCCUAGAAAAUGUGCAGCUACAGAAUUAUUUUGCUCAGCUUUGUAGGUGCUAGAUUUAUUUUAUAAUGCAGCUAAUUUUUAUAUUGCUAUAAUUAUACCUAGUAUAGCAUAAUUUACAUUUGUUUAUAACAUUCUGCCAAUUAGUGUUUCCUGCAGUAAAAGGAAUUUGGCAUUUUAUGACAUUCUGAUAGUUUAAUAUAUUAAUAUUUAAUAUCUCCUAGUAAAUUCAGACAGUAUGAAUAUACAUUUAGUGUGCAUGUUUCGUUUGGAGUUCAUUUUUUCCAUCAGCCAAAGCCAAGAUUAAUUCUGAUCUUACCUAAGCAGGAUACUUUAUUAUAUUUCUUUGCAUGAAAGUAAUCAGUUAAAUCAAACUGCAGAUUUUAAGAGUGGAUAAGUAGUUUUCAGCAGAAGAAUUUAUUGGUUUCUUUGCAGCUGUAUUUCAUUCUUGGAAAAUGGAUAGGAAAAUUUAUUCAUCAAAAGAAUUUUAAAUGGACAUUGUAAAAUGUAAACAUACAGAGAAAAGAAUGUCAAAGAAUAAUUAUCUGAUAACAAAUUAUUCAAUAAAAUAUUGCAUUUAGAAUGUGAAGUAUAUGAAAAAUUAAGCAACUGUCCAAAUAUACAAUUGAAAUUGUAUGAAAUGGAACAAGUUUCUUUUUUUUUUUUUUAGUCAGAACAAUCAUGUUCCUUUUAAAUCUGUAGCAUUAAAAACUGAACUCAGUAUCCUAUCCUGCAAGCAACUACAGCAACAAAGCAUAUAUUUCAAAGAGCAGCGGAGCCUCAGAUCACAAAUGCUUCAUUUCACAAACAAAAUCUCUGAACAGAUAACAUCACAUCAUUUUAAUAUUUUCCUUUGCUUUAUCCUCAGUAACAAAGUCUGGCAGCAAGUGAUUCAUAAGAGCUUGAGUUUGGUUUGGAGGAAAUUAUGUUGAGAUUGGACUAUAUGCAGAGACUUUGAGGGUUUUGACACUUAGGACUUCUUUUGUUAUCUAUGAUAUUAUGUAUCUAGGCAAAACCAUGCGAUAGAUAGUUAACAAUAAGGACAUGGAGAUGUUAUUAGAAGAUUAUAAAAAUGAACUCAACAAGAAAGAACUACAGCAACUUCAUAAUCAGCAACAAAAGGCAAUUGUAGAAGAGGAAGAUGGGAAAUUUGUGCAGAAUGGGGAAAAUGUAAAGUUUUCACGCAAUGAUAUCACCCUGAUAAAGAAGUAAGAAGUUACAACAUAAGCAUUUUCAGUGAUAAUACCAAUAUGUCACUUUAGGAACAUUUUAAAACAUAAACAACAAUAAAUCACAUGAGGUAAAUUUUAAAUGAAGGCUUGGUGAAUCUCAAACAGAGUCAAACAGUGCAAAGACAAAGGAAAAUAAAAUAAGAUACUUACCAAAGACCGUUGCUUAAUGUUUGCAUUAGGAAGAGAUGCCUCAUCCAAAUGAUAACAUCUUCCUUGUCAUUUUCCAUUUAUGCUGCAUAAUGUUCUUUCAUACAGUAAUAUUAAAUUAAGCUUUUGACUUUUUUUAUCUGUUUAAUGCUAUGUUUACCUUUGUCUUAUAUUUAAUGAUAUCCAUUGGUUUUUUGGCAAUGAUUUUGUUCCCAGAAUAUUGUUGUGGAGUUGAACAAUUGUGGUCCAGGAAAAUGCAUUUACAUUAAUUCCAAUGGCAAAAAUUGUUUUGGUUGACGAACAGCCUUCAGGAAUCAAUUAAAUUUGUGAAACGAGGUUUCAUUGUAUAUGCUUUUUCUGUUUGUAAGAAUAAAUACUGUGACACCUCUCAUGCUGACUGACAACAUUUCUGAAAACAUAAAUAUUGAACAUCUGAAAAAAUAUUAAUAUUAAACAUUUUUGAGAACAAAGAUAUUGAACAUCUAUGAUGUUGUAUUCUUUAAGGCAAUCAUCUUCACAAAUAGAAAUUAGGAAAUGUGGGGUCUGUUUCUGUGGUUUUACUGCAAUAUGUGAGGAAGUGAAGAAAAUUCCACUGAGAGUAUUAAUAAUUUGAAAUAUGUUAAUGCGUCAAACAAAAUUUCUUCUUUAGUAGCUGAUAUUAUCUUAUGCUGCACUGGCUUCAGAAAAACCUGCUAACUUUACAUUAGUCACUAGAGUUUUGGAUUUAGCAUGAGGACCCUUUUUUAAUAAGUGUAUGUUGCAUAAGUCUCUAAAAAUAAAUUUAGCUUUUUCUAUUAUCUUCUAUAUCUUACUCUUUUUCUAUUAUAUAUAGGCUAAUAUGUAUAUGCUUUAUAUGGUCAUAAGUUUCUCUUAAUAUAUGCACAUUGAAAUUUACUCCAGCAUUCACUUGCAUUAGAAGAAAUGUCAACACCAAGGCCAUGUGAGAAUUUGUGUCACAUAAAGGGGAAAAAAAAAUCUCAUGUCAAGCCUUUAGAUUUAAAAAUUUAAUUUAAAGAUAAUAUAUUUAAAAUAAAAUUUUAUACUAAAUCAUGUUAAUUUCCUUUAAAUUCAUCAUGCUUAAAAAAGUUUGUAACUUCCUGAAAUUAUUAAAAAGAAUUUUAUUUAAAUGUAUUUAAUAUAUCCUAAAAUUCUAGAUAAUGAUUGUAUAUUAAUAUGUUAAUCAUAUUAAUUAAGCAUUGUAAUGUUACUACAAGAGACUUGCUUAUAUGAUAUUUUUAAUUAAAUAAAUUCAGAUGAUAACUGCAAGGUUAUUUGUAGUCACAUUCAUUUUUUUUUAUGAGUAAAUUCUUCUAUAUUUUACUCUUGACAAAUAUGAGAAGAAAUGCAGAUAUGUAAAUUUUAAGCUGUAGUUGUAUUCUUGAUGAAAUUCGUCCUUUCUAACUGAAAAUUUGAAUUCAACUAAUUUAUAAUUGCUUUUUUUUAUAUGCCAUUUAAGUUAUGUGAUUAAAUUCAUUUUGGUGAAUUUUGUGAUUUUAAAAUUUUUUAAUAUAUUUCUAGUCCAAAAUGUGAUAUAUGAUGUAUUUCAGAGUGUGUACAUUUUUUAAAAUUUUCUUUUCAGUUCAGUUGUCAAUUAACACCUUAUCGAUGAGACUAUAAAAUUGAUUACUUAACAAUUAUCAAUCACCUUAUCAAUGAGAUAGUUGAUUGAUUACUUAACAAUAAUUUAUUAGAUGCAAUUUCCCAUCAUUGAAAUCUGAAGGCAGUAUUAAGUUUGAAACAUACAUUGUUAUCCAUCGAUAAGUUGUUAAGAUAUAUGUGAUGUCUAGUUUAUAGUUUUUUUAAUGUUUUCUUUAUUUAAACUGAGUGUUAAUGUAUGCUUGUAUUUUAUUUGUUUAAAUUGCAGAUUUACUUAUAAUUAUUGAUUUACCAUGGCACAGUUUUUACAUGACAUUAAGUGUUUUUAGAUGAAAUUAGAUAUUUGUUUUAAUUUUUAGUAUGCAGUGCUAUACAAAAACAUUAUCAAAUCUGUAAUAUAUAUAUAUAUAUAAAAAAAAAAAAAAAAAAAAAAAAAAAAAAAAAAAAAAAAAUUA